GUUUGCUGUUACAGAAAAGUCUCUUGGUAGCCUGUAUUUCUCGUAGAAUUUUCUAAAAGGCCACACAACAAUUUUCUGUGCGUAGGCCUACCUGUCGACAGGCAGGAGCAUGUGGACAUCCUGUUGUAGCUGGUCCUGUUUGGAACCCACCGCCACAGUGGAAGAAAACGGCAGCUCAUGGCGCCAGGCCUACACAAACUCGGGCAACAGCCAAUCCCCGAUCUCUCCCGAACUUUUGUGCAAGGCCUGCGGAGGCCAUUUUGACACCAUCGCUAUAAAGCAUGUCUGUGUGGACUGCAAGAAGAACUUCUGUGGCCGCUGCUCGGUGCAGCUGGAGCCGCCACGCCCGCGCCUCUGCCACACAUGUCAGCGAUUUCACGGAACCCUCUUCGACCGCGCCCAGUUGAUGAGACUCAAGGUGCGGGAGCUGCGUGACUACCUCCACCUGCACGAGGUGCCCACCCAGACAUGCCGGGAAAAGGAGGAGCUGGUUGAGCUGGUCCUGGGCCAGCAGACCCCCAGCACCAGCAGAAGCAGUGAGACCGUGUCCUCCCAGCCCGGGGCUCACAACAAUGUCCCCUCCCCAGACACACCGUCCCCUCCCCAGACACAGGGCCCUACCAGCCCAGACACAUUGAGCCCAGAGCAGCCAGAACAAUCAGCCCCUGAGGCAGAGUCAGAGCAGAUCUCUGAUGAGGAGGAGGAGGAGGAUGAUGAGGACGAAGAGUCAUCGGACAGCGAGGAGACCCUGAUGCCCGGCCGCAGAGCCUCUCUGUCUGACCUGAGCCGCGUGGAGGAUAUCGAGGGCCUGAGCGUGCGCCAGCUCAAGGAGAUCUUGGCCCGCAACUUUGUCAACUACAAAGGCUGCUGCGAGAAGUGGGAACUGAUGGAGAGGGUCACCCGCCUCUACAACGACCAGAAGGACCUCCAGAACCUAGUUUCAAAUACAAAAAAUGAAGAAGACCCUGCAGCUCCCAAGAGCCAGGAGGAGAACCUCUGUCGGAUCUGCAUGGACUCUCCCAUUGACUGUGUGCUGCUGGAGUGUGGCCACAUGGUCACCUGCAGCAAGUGUGGCAAGCGCAUGAGCGAGUGCCCCAUCUGCAGACAGUACGUGGUACGGGCGGUGCACGUCUUCAGGUCCUGAUGCAUGGCCACAAUGAGGGACACAGUGGAUACCAAGGACAACAUGGCAUUGCUGCCACCACUGCUCAGAGAUGGCAUAUCUUACAAGAAUACACUCCUCUGUAAUGCACACUCUCACUCAUUCAAUCAGUCUUCCUCUUGCUGGCAUUCCAGAGAAAUAACCUGUCUCCACUUUUCUGGGUUCUCUGUUUUUCUACGCCACCUGAACCUAUUGUUUCUACACUUUCAGCAUUUUACAAGACCUCAAUAUUUCAGUACUAUAACUUCGUUGUUCAAAAGAGUUAGGUAUCAUGUAUUCACAUUGGUGCCAGUCAGACACCAAACUAUAUUGGCACUUUGCAUGGGAGGGCAGCAGUACCUUUUCAAAUUCUGAGGUUAUUGGGUAGAGAUUAUGUUUCUUUCAACCCCACACACAUGCAAGGUUAUAUUGCAUUUUUUUGUCUUUGCAUUUGUGUGCACGGGGAAACAACUGAGUUCCAUAGCUGAGAAACACAACUGAGUUCCAUAGCUGAGAAACACAACUGAGUUCCAUAGCUGAGAAACACAACUGAGUUCCAUAGCUGAGUAACACAGGGGAUACUACAGAGGGCAUCGAAUUGCAAGCAAUGAAUAUAAAAAACGUAUUUGUUCUAGCAAUGAAUGAAAUGCUGAAUCCUGGUAAGAGAGGGAACAUGUUAGGCUACUCUGUUAUGCAUAUCAAUAGCAAAACAGACAGUGGCCAGAAUGGUGCUAUUUUACUAGUGAUUAACAACACUCGUAACAAAACAGAAUGGCCAAAAUGGUGCUAUUUGACCAAUGGUAAGCAACACUCAGGGCCCCAUUUUGACAGUGCAAGUAAGCGGUGUUAGUGUCGAGACCAAAAUAUCGAAAACCUCAACCGUUUAUUUCAAACCUUAUCCCCCCAAGCAAGGCUUGGAUAUGACCGUGCUAAUAUUUGAUGCAGGCAAUGCAGUAGUUGUGAAAUUGGUGCAUUAAGUGCAGCACGGAAUACUUGAAGUGGUAAGGUCUGUUUUGCGCCCUCCAAUUGUCACACUCAGAGUUCAGUACCUGCAAACCAGCUGUUCUGUUAAUUGGUUUUGUGGUCCAGAGAGCUAUCUUUAGGUUGCAGUCCACUUGCUAAGCAUAGAACCCAGGCCUUAUGUCUUAUUGGCGAUCCUUCAGACACAGAGCUGUGUGAUGGUUGAACACAAGAGUCUGCUUGUAGCUCACUGAAAGUACUUGAGGGUCAAGGAGGGGAUAAUGCUUGGUUUCAUUUGCCCUUUUAUGGUCAAACUACCCUUUUAACUUGCAGAUAUUGUAUCAAAACUGGAACAGAACACGCAUUGACUUGACAGUAAUAGUUAAUAGUUCUUUAAAUUAGCCACAAUGGGGAUCUUUUCUGAAAUGUAAACCCUACACAGUAGAUAUGCAGCUUCUUUUUUAUUCUCUGGGGGUCAUAAAUUGUUUGCUGUUUGAAGUUGGUUCCAUGACUUUACCCCAAAUUAGGUUUGGGGUAAAGAGAACUGACCUCGUUUAGCAGAAUGUCUCCAUUCCCAGGCUCUCACCACCUCUCUCUUAUCAGCAAGUGCCCCAGAACAGAGUGCUCAUUAACUUAGCUGACGUAGUGCACUGAAUACACUCAUUUCCUAAUGCCGAGUUGAUUAAAUGUGGUAUCUACUAGUUAAAAAACAACAACUGUUUUCUGCAAAUUUACUUUGUUUGUGGGGGUGUUUUAAAAGCUAGAUUUCAUAAUUGAAACAAUAACAAAGAGCGACCCCGCCUCUGUUUCAGUAUAAAGCUGAGGGAUGGGCCUGGAAAAAUGUAACCACUCUCAGAUUCAUAGACAGAGCUAAGGACUGACCAUCCAUGAUAUCAAAGUUAUAGUUUUAACCAUGUUUUAAGGCUAUACAGUGUUUGUUUAGAUUUACAUUGUUUAUGCACAUUGAAGUAAAACAAGCUUAUAUUUUGGAUUCUCAUGAGGUAUGACAAGUUAAACUAAGCUCAUGAGGUAUUUAUACGUUAUAAUGUUCAAUAAUCAAUGGGUAUAUAUCAUUCAUUAAAUGGAUGUAGCAACUAAGGAUUCUAGCUUUAAGGAGGAUCUUGGUUAAUUCUAUUCCAAUUCUAGGCAAUUCAGUAAAUGGAUUGAAAUUGAAUUUAUAUGAAAUUAGAGACAAUUUUAUUACGAUGCAUUUCUCAAAUUGCCUGGAAUUGAAAUGGUUUGGCAGCCCUCUGCAACUUUUUAUGGAACAUGUUUUAAAAUGAUAGAGAAACAUAAUGGUUUGCAUUUAAAUGGUCUUUCUACUGUACAUCUUGUUUUAUAGCUAAUGAAUGUACCAUAAAACUGAUCAUGAGGAAAAUGCACUUAUACUAAUUAAUGUGUCUGUUUUAGGGAAUGCAUAUCCGCUGGGAUAGACUCCAUUUAUCCCAGAUACUUGGUCUGCCUGAACUGAAUGUAACUGGUUUAAGUUGUUUACAAUAACAAAACCAUUUCUUACUGUGACUGCCAAAUUGCCAAUAUCGCAAAUAGAUUUUACACUAGUCCGUUUGAUAUGUCUUUUGUCAAUAACUAUGCUAAUAUCAUGCAAGAACAAUAUGAAUCAUCUCAUGUAGUUUGUAGAGAGCAGGUGAAAUAAGAUAUGUCAGUGUCGUGAGACUAGAUCUGGAUCUUUUCACAAACAUCUCGUCACCCAUCUUGUUUUUAUCCUGGACAGUUUAUACAAGCCAGGCCGUCAGUCAAGUCACUUCUCUCUGAGGAGUGUUUUCUGUGCAUGUGAAAACGUGUGCAUACAUUUAGCGAAACCCAACCCAAGAUCUAAACAUUCCAAACAGUAGAAUUUACCUUAACAGAGCACUCUUCAACAAAGAAAGCUAAUAUUUUCCACAUAUACUAUAGCCCAUGUACAUGUGUAAUGCUCCUUGAGUACCUGAUUUAAAGGCUAGGUCUGAUUAGAGGUUCAGUGCAGACGUGUUUGAUCUCUAUCAAAUAAUUUCCGGGUAACAAUUAAGUACCUGACCGAUUAGCUUCUUAGCAAAGAGCAAUUUCUCAAGCAAGAAUUUUGCAAGGACUCUGGGAGAGGUUUGAGUGGGGAGGGGAAAACUGAAAAUGUGUUAUUAUUGGCAGAGGUUUGGAACUUAACUAAUUUACCCCAUGGUGAUGACACCAUGGAAGGCCAAAACUCCCACCAAAACAGGCAGAAAUUUCAGGCGGUCUUUUCAGACAGCUCUUUCACAGUAUUAUUCCAGCCUCAUUGUGGAAAUGUAUAUAUAAAACAAAGGAAUAUCAUGUUUUUGACUGCACUGGGCCUUUAACAGUAUAUCAAAUGUGUAGCAGACUACUAAUUAGAGUAUUUAAAGAAAUGUCUUCUAAAUAAUGCCUUCUUCCUGAUGGAAUUUCAAUAGCCUCAAAAGGCAUAAGAUAAAACCUUAAUGUCAUGCGUGUGUGGGAUGUUGGUGUCCCUAAUCUGCCACGAGAGUCCUGUAGUUCUUAUUGCUGUCUGAGGACCUAGAUAUUAAUUGGUUAUUGGUGACUGGUUAUUGGUGACUUUAAAAUGGAGGUGUUUUGGUAUUUGGAAGACUAAUCAAUCUACUAUUGUGAAAUGUUGGACGUGUUUAGAAAAAUCAGACAAUCUAUCGUAUCUUUGAUUCUUUAACAGUGAGUUAUAAUUUUGGCAAAUGCCUUGCUAUGGAGAGUUGUGCUAAAGGUGUUUAACAACACCUCCACUAGUUAUUAGAUUAGAACAGGGAAAUUAGUCUGCACUAUCCCACCCCAGGGGGAAAGGUUCAUUAUUAGCAUAUGAAGUUCAACUGUAAUGGAAAGAUUUGCAUGUGUUUUUUUGGGGGGGGGGAGAAGACUGCUCUGACAAAAAGCAGUUUGAAAACACUUGGAAUGACUCAUAACUGUAUGUGUGGAGAAUUAUUUGUGUUUCGUAUACUCUGAUGAUUUAACUUUGUUCAACUGUGAAAUUGUAUAUAAUAAUCCCAUGCGACAGUAUCAUUUUAAAUAUUAUUGAGCGUGUUGUACAUUUGUCAAAUUACUAGCAUGGACUAUUGCUUUUGUUGUAGUUUAAAUAUGUAUUCAGUAGUAUUGGCUAAAUGAGCUAAAUGCUGGAUCAGUUCUUAACUACAAUGGAAGCUAAUAGGAUUUAUAAAUCAGAAAAACCUAUAUUUUUGAAAAUGUAUUAAACAUAUUGAUGUUCUUGUGCAUAUAUUUUGUUGGACAUUUUUUAUAUUGAUAAAAAUAUA